AAAUGCACAAAUGUACCAACUUGUUUUGGCCAUGAUAUUUGCGAUCAAUGAGAUCAAUGUGAAGUCCCAUAUUUUACCAAACACCUCUCUGGGACUUGAGAUUUAUAAUCUGCCAUAUUUUGAACGGAAUAUUCUGAGGAGUGCACUAUCUUGGCUCACAGGCUUGAGCAAAUUCAUCCCUAAUUACACCUGCAGAAAGGAUAGCAAAUCAGCUGCUGCGCUUACUGGAAUAUCACGGAAAACAUCUGAGACCUUUGGGACUUUGUUGGACAUUUACAAAUUUCCUCAGCUUAAUUUUGGGCCGUGUGAUCCUGUUCAGAUAGACAGAAACCAGUUUCCAUCUGUGUACCAGGUGGCCCCCAAAGACACACCUUUGUUCUGUGGUAUCACCUCUUUGAUGCUUCAUUUCAACUGGACCUGGGUGGGGCUGCUCAUCACAGAUGACAACAGAGGUUCUCAGUUUCUAUCAGAGUUAAGCAAGGAGCUGGACAAGAAUAAAAUCUGCAUAGCCUUUGUGGAAACAGUAAUAUUUUUUGGGGAAUCAUUGCAUUGUCCGCUAACCCACAAUCAGAUGCAGACUCUAGAGUCAUCAGCAAAUGUGAUUAUAGUUUAUGGACAUUUUGCUUUUCAAUUAAUUGUAAUACAAAGUAAACACAGAAAGUAUGAAAUGAAAAAGAUUUGGGUUAUAACCUCAAAAUGGGUUGGCCAAAAAAUUGAACAAUAUACCAUGUUAGAAUUGGCCCAUGGCACUCUCACUUUCUCACCCCAUCAUGGGGAGAUUUCUGAUUUCACAAAUUUUAUGCAGGAAGUCACCCCUAUCAAGUACCCAGAAGACAUUUUUCUUCACAUCUUGUGGAACCAGUAUUUCAAUUGUCCACUUUUGCAUUCUGGUUGUAAAAUUUUUGAAAACUGUAUACCCAAUGCCUCUUUGGAAUUGUUGCCAGGGGGUGUUUUUGAGCUGGUCAUGACUGAAGAGAGUUACAAUGUGUACAAUGCUGUGUAUGCAGUGGCCCACAGUCUCCAUGAGAAGGCUCUCCAUCAAGUAGAAAUUCAACCACAGGAUAAUAAAGAUAGGACUAUAUUAUUUCCUUGGCAGCUUCACCCUUUUCUGAAGAACAUUCAGCUGAUAAAUUCUGUUGAUGAUCAUGUGAUUCUGGACUGGAAAAAGAAGAUGGAUGCAGAGUAUGAUAUUUCCAAUGUUUGGAAUUUCCCAACAGGUCUUUCCUUAUUAGUGAAAGUGGGUACAUUUGCUCCAAGUGCUCCCAAGGGGGAACAACUUUCGAUAUCUGAACACACAAUUAACUGGCCCAUAGGAUUUACAGAGAUUCCAAAGUCUGUAUGCAGUGAGAGCUGCAGUCCUGGAUACAGGAAAGUCAUCCUGGAGAGCAAGCCUGCCUGUUGCUUUGACUGCGCUCCUUGCCCAGAUAAAGAGAUUUCCAACGAGACAGAUGUGGGUCAGUGUGUGAAGUGUCCUGAAUCUCAUUAUGCAAAUACAGAGAAGAGUCACUGCCUGAAGAAGACUAUGACCUUUCUGGAUUAUAAUGAUUCCUUGGGGAUGGGACUCACACUCAUGUCUCUGGGAUUCUUUGUUGUCACAGGUCUUGUUAUUGGGGUUUUUAUAAUCCACAGAAACACUCCAAUUGUGAAGGCCAAUAAUAGAUCUCUCAGUUAUAUCCUGCUCAUCACUCUCACUCUCUGUUUCCUUUGUCCCUUGCUCUUCAUUGGACUUCCAAACACAGCCACAUGUAUCCUACAGCAGAACUUGUUUGGACUUCUGUUCACUGUGGCUCUAUCCACUGUGUUGGCCAAAACUAUCACUGUAGUUAUGGCAUUCAAGAUUACUGCUCCAGGAAGAAAGACAAGAUGGUUGCUGAUAUUAAGAGCCCCUCAGUUCAUCAUUCCACUUUGUGCCCUGAUGCAAAUCCUUUUCUCUGGGAUAUGGCUGGGAACAUCUCCUCCAUUUGUUGACAUGGAUGCUCACUCUGAACAUGGGCACAUCAUCAUUCUAUGCAACAAGGGCUCAGCUAUUGCCUUCUACUGUACUCUGGCCUACCUGGGAGUCAUGGCCUUUGGUAGUUACCUCUUGGCUUUCAUGUCUAGGAAUCUUCCUGACACAUUUAAUGAAUCCAAGGCUCUGGCUUUCAGCAUGCUGAUGUUCUGCAGUGUCUGGGUCACAUUCCUCCCUGUCUACCACAGCACCACUGGGAAGGUCAGGGUGGCUAUGGAAAUGUUUUCUAUCUUGGCUUCCAGUGCAAGCAUUCUAACCCUAAUCUUUGUCCCUAAGUGCUACAUUGUUUUGUUCAGACCAGAGAGGAACAUACUUCCUCUAAACAGAGAAAAAAGACAGCAUAGGAGUAAAAAUCCUGAAACAUAGCAGUCAAGACAAACAUUGGCCUAGCACAAAAUGUCUGAUUGUUGACAUUUCUCCUGCUAUAUAAACAAUUAGUCCUUUGACUUUGAGGACAGGAUCACAUGAGACAGACCGGUGAUAUUGCUUCAAAUUAUGUAAAA